AUGAAAGGCUUGGAUAAAUCCUUGGUCGCAGUAGAGUCGCCAUUCACUCUCAACAGCGGCGAUGCGUACACGGCAUGGGUGGACUACGACCCUUCACUUCGUGGCACGGUCAAGGUGUUUCUAGCCGACUCCAAAGUGAAGCCAGGUGUGCCGCUACUGCAGAGUCAGCUGUCGCUGUGUACGGUGCUGCAGCCUAGUGUGCAGCAGUCGGCGUUCUUCUUUGGCUUUGUGGCAUCCACCACUGUGAAGCCCUUUCAGAGGCAUGCAAUUUUGAAGUCUGGCGUCAGUGUGCUUCCAUCCAAGCUGGUCCGGAGUACAACUCAAGCCGUUGGCCUCGAAUUAGCGCCGGGCGCAUUUGCACCACCCGGAGCCACCCCUUUCUUCCGCUAUGUGAGCACGGACUACGAGUUGGCAACCACCAACGAUGACUCUUGGCGCAUCCGUGACUUCCAUACCUGGGACUCGCUGGCCUUCCUUGGCUGGCCUGUGAAGGAUCAGAUGGCUUGCAGUGCAUGCUGGGCGUAUGCGGUGGUGGCGAGUGUGGAGGCAGCAUAUGGCAUUGCAACGAAUCAGAUCGCUCCUCAGCUGUCAGUGGAGCCACUCUUUGCAGCCAUGGGGCUCACCGAUACAAAGUGCACUGCUGGAGGCUCCCCCACUGCGGCUUUUGAGAAGCUUGUGACUCUUGAUGGCAGCAGUGGACUCAGAGGAGGCAGUAACCAGGCAACACCAUAUCCGGUGCAUGCAUUUGAGCGGGCGUACUUCAAAGGGUAUGAGGGUCUCAUGCUGGCAGUGCGGCGCCAGCCAGUGGUGGUUCACAUCGAGGCCUUAGCUGACACGUUCAUCAUCUAUGAUGGGACAUUCAAGUACCAAGAUCCUGCUUGCUACACUGGCAGUCUGAACCAUGUUGUACUCGUCAUUGGCUACUUCAUUAAUAGAGAUGACGGCAGCCAGGGACGCAUUGCUCCUCCGUUUUGGAUCAUCCGCAACUCGUGGGGAGUUGAUUGGGGCGACCGUGGCCACAUGCGCAUGGGCAUUAUGGGAGGGGAUGGCGUGUGCGGCAUCAACGUAUUGCCUGGCAUCUACCCUGUUGUCAAGACACCUGCUGUGCUCGUGAGGAUGGCACCUGCUGUGCUCGUGAGGUUGGCACCUGCUGUGCUCGUGAGGUUGGCACCUGCUGUGCUCGUGAGGUUGGCACCUGCUGUGCUCGUGAGGCUGGCACCUGCUGUGCUCGUGAGGUUGGCACCUGCUGUGCUCGUGAGGUUGGCACCUGCUGUGCUGGUGAGGUUGGCACCUGCUGUGCUCGUGAGGUUGGCACCUGCUGUGCUCGUGAGGUUGGCACCUGCUGUGCUCGUGAGGGCGGUUUGA